AUGAAAGUUUUCAAUAAUCCUCAUUUCCAUUCGAAAGGUAGUUCAUCUAAACCCUCUUCACUUUAAUCUUCAAGAGUAGGAGGGAGCAAAAUCCUAGGGAGUCCCCAAGCCCCAGAGCAAGAUCUUAAUGAAAUGCUAUAAUCACUAAAUCCUACCUAAAUUAUAGCAUAGGAGGAAGAAUCGAAAUUUGAUUUAUUAUAAGAAAUGCAGCAAUUGAAGACUAAGGUUUUAGGUUUACUUAAGAAAUAUUAAGUAAUGCUGUAGAAUGAGAAUGCAAAAUAGGUGAAGAGUAAAAUCAAGGCAGAUGUUCAAGAGAUUCAAAUUGAAUACGAUGAUAUAAUAGCAUAAUACCAGGUUGAUCAAAGUUAACUAGAGAUUGAGAAUAACAUUCCGACUGUAGAAAAAGAGAAAGAAUUGAACACUUUUUUUAAUUUAGUGGAGGAGUUCUUGGAGCGUUUCUCUCAUCAUAAAGCCACAUUGAAUUAUUUUUCAAUUUUGUAACAAUAGAAAAUGAAUCGAAAUGGAUUGGGGGUAUUUUCUGUUGAAUAGGAUGGCAGACAAUCUAUGUACGAUUUUUAAGAAUCAUUGCCUGACUUAACUGAUAGCAACAACUCGGAAAACACUCAUGAAGCCCAACAGGCCAAGAUAGCCCUAUCAAAUUCACAAAAGUUAAGAAGUCAGAUUAGAAGGCGUUUCUUUGAUAUAGCUUUGAAAGCGAAGGAGGGAUUGCCUCUUUAUCAUCCAGGCAGAUAGAUCUUGGUUUCCAUACUUUUUGAAGAUGCGGAAGAGGAAGGAAUUGAUGAAAAUGAUUGGGAAUCCUGGAUUGUGAAAUAAUUAAAUAAGUGA